AUGCCCCGUGCGCAACAGCCGAAACUGGCAAAAUACUCAAAGGGAAAACGGGCUGCUGGAGGAAAAGGAAAAGCAAAGGAUGAAAGGGCCCUCCCUGCUGCUCUUGACCGGCUCAAAGCCAGGCUGAAGGAUGCGCGUGUCGAGGGACCUUCAAGCAACCGCGUGGGUGAAGAUGAUACAAAGCCUGAAGAAACGGGUGAGGAUGGCGAGGAGGCUGCACUUGAGGUUGAUAAUGACGCUGGUUGGAUGAGCCAUCGACUGGAGUUCCCUAAGAAUGACGAGACUGAGACGCAUCGUGCUGAACAUGAUUACGAGGUCAUCGAUCCUCGAGCCAAGGCACGAGAAAUACGCGAGGAGGGACAGGAACGAAAGAGGUCACGACGGUCCGAAGUUGGGCGAGCAUUUCGGAAAGGGAGAUAACUUAUCGUCUCACAUCUUACGGUGCCUGUAACACAAUUGUCAUUCGUCAUCUCAUUCAAUCCAUCAUACAAACAAGCCACACCAAAGUAUUCACCCAAUACCGGUAAGGUCCGUAUAAUCAGCGAGGCGAGAUCGAGAGAUGGAAGGAUGCGAGAAAGUGGUCAAUGGGGGUGCCGACAUUGAAGGCUUUUAUCCGUCCAGAUUCUUGAAGGCUUAAA